AUGGCGGCCGUUUCGAACGGGGGAAGGUACUUUGUACGCUUUCGCUGGAAAGCGUUUUCUUUACGAGGGAAGAACCUUACGACAUCUACCCAAAGUUCUCCUCAAAGUUCUACCCAAUAUUGCACUAAUCUGGUCAGGUAAAAUUGUUUCCUCUUUGCCUCAAAUAUUCUUUUUGUAAUUUUAGAAGCUGCGCGAAUUAGUAGUGAAGAGAGAUUUUUGUCGCUCAUGCACUGACGCCUCUUGGGUGGCUGCGGGUGUUUGUUUCAACAGGAACCUCGACUAUGAAAAUUUUCUGUGUGUGCUGCUUCUACCUAAGGGUUCUAGGAGAUCUGUAUUUGCCGUGAGAGCUUUCAACAUUGAAGUGGCUCGGGUAAGAUUGUGUACGGCUAUUUUAAAUUUUAAAGCCUAUCAUUGCUAGUAUUGGAUAUUUUGUCUCCCAAGUUGCAAAAGAAGGGUGUAACUAUUUAUGUUGUUCAUCCAUUGAUUUGUACUCGAGUAUCACAAUCUGUAUGCAUAUGUCGUGAAGCUGAGAGUAUUAAACACAGGCUGUAGCGAAACCCAGGAGCGUUUUUCUUGCCAAAUUUUGAGAAGAAGGGGUUCGCCCUUCCCCACAAAUGGCUGCCAUUCGAUUCUCUGCUUUGUGUGAGGCAUCUUUGUACUUCUUGUUUAUAAAGAGUGGGUAUGACAAUUUAUUAUGCAACUUCACUCAGUAGAGUGCAAAUAAUGCUUAAAACGAGCACAAAUAUCUCACAGUAUUUGUGCUCCAGAAGACUGGUUUGACCGGUUUUAAUCUACAAACAUCACACAUGGCAGAAAAUGCGUGGUUUUUCUGAAGAAAAAACGGAAUAGGAGCCAAAUUGUAAGCUUAAACAAAACCAAGUUUCUAGAGCAAAGUCGCCUUUAGGAAAAACAAUGAACACCCCUGUUGGACCCAGAAGCCAAAACACGUCAGGUCUAAAAUAAUGUCGACAUUUAUUAAAAAUACACAGAACAUACAAACGUUGUAAACUCAAGAUACAACAGAGAAGACAAAAACAGACCUAAGGUGUGUGAUAGAGAUGGUGAUGGUGAAAAUCAGUGAAACAAACAACGUCCAUUAAAAUUAAUGCAAUCCCCGCUGAGUAACUGAACAGUCGUCCCCUCUAUUUCUUUUAAAAAUGUGAGGAAACUUUCCGUCAAAGGUGAGGUUUCAAGUCCUUUGUUGACGAGUAGCUCUACAGUUUGAAACUCCUUGAAUUUGUGGGGGAGUAUUUGUCUUUCCAUCGCAAUUUGCUCUGCUCAGUUUUUCUACUUGCAGUCACUUUUUUACGUAACUGAAAGACCAUCAUAAGCCUCACAAUUAUGUGUCAUUCCAUCUCUGUUUUCUUAGCAAAGAAAGAUAGAACCUCAAAGUGCCAAUGAAAACUGGAAGAAAUUGAUUCACAGAGUAAACCAGUAUGACCAGAUUUCAUUUAUGACCAAUCAGCGCAUGAAAACUGGACUCAUGUUAGUCUGUCAUGCAUUCUCAUAAGGCAAGCCUAUUUUUAUACUUCUCGAGUUGAAUAAUAAAUCUCUCAUUGGACAGUUUAGUGUGUAGUAUCGUGAGAUAUUUUUACUCGUCUCUUGUAUUGUAAAUUGUAAAUAUGUAACUUGUAAAAAUAUCCCACAAUACUACACACUAAACCGUCCAAUAACAAAAUAUCAGCUCAAGCCACCUUAAGCCCUGUGCAAACGGACGCAACAUUGUUGGAUGUUUUGUGUUGUGUCUGUUUGCACACCCUGCUGCCAUGUUGUUGGGAGUUGUUGCACAAAGUUUGAAACCAGUCAAACUUUUAGCUACGUGCAAACAGACGCAACAACUCCCAAUGAGUUGUUGUGUCCCUUUGCAGGUAGCUUUAAAGCACUUUUUAUGGUGUGUACUCUGACCCUUUGUGUUUUUAUUUGAACCCAAGAUUCAAGAUGCUGUAAGUGAUCCUAACAUAGGAAGAAUGAGGCUGCAGUUCUGGAGAGACUCACUGGAUAAUAUCUAUCAGGUUAAAUGAAAUGGCAUUUUAUUGAUAACAAUUAUGCACGGGGGACUCUUUUAUCAAAUAAUGAUCUCCACCACAGCCUAAAGAAGUAUAGUUAAUUAAAUGAGUAGUGAUUUUGAAUAAAUUUUAAAAUAGUUCAUUGUUGUGAACCAAAGAUGAUUAUAAUGAAAGUACAUAUGAUCCUUGUAGUUGAUUGAAUAGUAAGAAGUAGUAGAAGUAGAAUUACUAUAAUACUUCGGAAAAAAUACUAAUAAAAAAAAUUGUUAGAACUAGUACAGUUUUUUUUUUCACAUUCCAAUUCCUCCAAGCUUUCUCUUUUUACUAGUGAGUUUUGUUCUUUAAGAAAACACCUUUAUCAAUUUAAGAAAGGAAAAUCCUUUCAUUAAGCAACUUGUGUUUAACUUUAGAGUAUUACAAAAUAACUAAAUGCUAUAAAUUGUUCACUUUAGGGGAAUCCUCCUCAACAGCCAGUGGCACUGGAAUUAGCUGAGGUGUGCCUAUUUAUAAAGCAAACUACUCUCAUUGAUACAGUCAAUAUUUUCCCUAACCAUUUACUGUGAAACUCACAAAACCAUGAACACCCAAAAUAUUUAUGGAAUGUUAUUGUGUUUCGAGAAACAGGCCAAUAAGGCGUGAGAUAACUAAAUCGCAAACAGCAAAGGUAAUUCAUUUGUGGUUUUGAGGUUUGCUAGCAUGUCCUGAACUUUAUUUUGAUUGGCCAGUGCACAAUCAACAUUCCUGAAAAUUUUCAGGUGUUCACGGUUUUCUGAGUUUCACAGUAAGCACCAACAUCCACAUAUAAAUCCUCCUGAGUUAUCUUCAUAUAUUUCCUCAAUAAAGUGUUCUCUUAGAUCAUUUUAUUAGUUCUCACAAUCUUUUCUUUUGAUGAUGUAUGGGUAUUGUUAGGAGAAAAUUGAUGUUAGUCUCUCUUGGGACUUGGAGUGAUUUUUCUUGAACCGUGAAAUAGAUACUAGCAAAUAGUGCAAAAUAGUGAGAGGUAAACAAAAGAAGACAAUAGAAUUAGUGCUCAAUAGUGUGUAGUAUUUUACUAUCUAUUUCACGGUUCAAGUGAAAUCACUCUAAAUUGUUACCAUUUAUUUAUCCUCAUCUACUGGACGGGUGAUCAAAGUGGAAAGCUAAAGCUGGCACUUUAAUGUUUGUGAGAUGUUACUGGUGAAUCUUCAUUUGCUACGGUUGCUUCAAAACUUAAUGACAGCCCUGGAAGCUACAAAUAAUAUAUUAUUCUACUUUAGACAACAAGUAAACAUAAACUGACAAAGAGGUGGUUCUCAAGAAUAAUAGAUGGAAGGGUAUGUUUUUCCUUGAUAUUUUUAUUUAAAGAAGAAUAAUGCUGGUAUCUUCUUGAUAAAACUGCUUGUUAGGAGCCAGCUGCUUGGUUCUCAGAUGCUGCAGACUUUCUUGUGAUGACCUGCAUUAUUCAUGUAGAUCAUCAUCGGUAGUUCUUCAGCAUCUGAGAGAUGUUUAUAGUCAUUGCCAGUGACAUUAACUUGCUGUUCUGGCAACAAUGCAGUGAAGUCCCAAGCCCGUAUUGCAGACAGUCUAAUUCUGGAUAAAGGGUCUUUCCUAGUAGAUCUCGGGUGAAAAGCCUGGCUGCAAAUGCUGUCUAUGAAUUCCCAGGCUGGAGAACUAUAUAUAUUAGGCCUUAUCUCAGGUUAAGACAGUAUUGGCAACUUUGCUGUGCUAGAAACAGCCGGCAUUCUGCUUCAGAAAAUAGCAAACAAAAAAGUUACAUGAAUCGUUUACCGGUAAUUCAGUUUUGCAGUUAUAUAUACUUGUAACUGUUACUAGUGGUUAAUUUUAUAAAUUUAUAAACAUUAUUUAUUCACGUUUAAGCUUUAAUUAUUUAUUUAUUUAUUUUUAAUUAACCAUUCAAAUUUAUCACUGACUGCUGUACCCCUGUAUCUCCGCCCGCCUUGGCCUGCCCCUGCUAUUUGCAGGCGGAAAUGGACACCCGGCCAUGUAUCAGGGUGCAAAGAAAGUCAGUUUUACAGCUUGCCAUUUGGGCAAGCUGUAGCUAGAAAGUACUAAAAAUUCAUUUCAACUAGCCCCAAAAGCUUUUUGAUCAGCAGGAUUGAUCACACAGUUCUUAUGUAAUUAUUUGAAUUUCUCAAAACUUCACUGGCCCAUCGGGCAAGUUAAGAACAGAAUUCACUAGCCCGAUAGCAAAAUCCACUUAGUCCCAGGCCAUUGGACACUACUUUCUUUGCAUGCUGUGUAUGCCAACUGUUUGUUAAUAAAGUGUGCAGUCACCUUUCUUUUACUCUUCUUGUGGCUUCCUAUGUUUAUCACAGUUUCUGCGUUGUCCCCAUGGAAGCAGGUCUAGCUCUUUUAUGUCACUUGUUUACCUUAUAAGUAUGUUUGCAUUUCACACUGAUAUACAACUUAAGCUUGCUGCCAGUUAACAUCUAAGUAAAAGUUUGNCAACUGUUUGUUAAUAAAGUGUGCAGUCACCUUUCUUUUACUCUUCUUGUGGCUUCCUAUGUUUAUCAUAGUUUCUGCGUUGUCCCCAUGGAAGCAGGUCUAGCUCUUUUAUGUCACUUGUUUACCUUAUAAGUAUGUUUGCAUUUCACACUGAUAUACAACUUAAGCUUGCUGCCAGUUAACAUCUAAGUAAAAGUUUGUCGUCUUUCAACAGGAAAAAAGCAUUGACAACAGACCAUAUGAUACAGCAGAUAGCUUGGAGGAACAUGGAGAAAACACAGUGUCUUCUGUACUGUAUCUUAUAUUAGAAUGCCUUGGUAUGUGUAAUUUUAAGUUUUUUUUUUAAAUGACCUUGCAGACUUUUGCAAUGUAUUAAACUGUAGUUUCUAGCACUUAUUGAAAUAUAAUGUCCAUCUCCAACCUGUGCAAUUUUCUAUCGUGCUUGUCCUGUAGUGUUAAAAUAAUUUAUUAAUAACCAACAAUACUGGUUCUAAAAAUUUGUCCUUAAUUUAUGUAGUGCACCAGUACCAGCUGCUCGAUAAUCAUAUCAUAAUAUCAGUUUGGCUCACCAGCAUUUAUAGUAAUCAUGUCUGCUGAGAAUCUUUUUAUGUCAAACGCUUUUAAUAUAUAACAAAAACCUGAGAUCAGGCCAAAUCUUAGCAGUUCUCAUACAUUCCCUCUUAUGUGUCGUUUCACCUUGCCUGCCGGAAUGUUAUUUACAAAGUGAAAUGAAAAUAGAGCCUGAUCUGAGGGUAAUAAAACAAGUGAGUAUGGGUAUAGGCCUUAAAAUCGACCAAGUGUAGGUAAUACAUUGGUGAUCUGUUGGUGAUCCAUCAGCAAAGCAACAGCCAACUAUCAACCGAUAGACUGUAGUGGUCAAGUACCGGCCAAGACACGGCCGACUCUUGACCAACAGUCGGCUGAUACUAGACUGCCACUCAACGGAUGUAACUACCAACAAAUUGACCGAGGUAUCGGCUGUUACCUCGGCCAAGUAGGGACCUUACGAUCUGACAAUAGCGACGUCCAUGAAAACUUCGCUACAAAAUGGAUUCUGCAUCCUUUUAAAUCAUUUCACGAUUAUCCUAAGUCGCCUAGCUACUUAAAAGAAGGGAAUUUGUGUUGAAGCUGAAAAAAGGGGUCCGCACCCAGGGUGCAAAGAAAGUCAGUUUUGCAGCUUGCCAUUCGGGCAAGCUGUAGUUAGCAUGUACUAGCCCAAAAGUCAUUUUAGCGAGCCCGAUGGUGAGCAAGGUUGAUAACACUUCUUUUGUGAUUAGAAUUCCUUAAAAGAUUUCAUGGCAAGUUAAGAACAGAAUUCACUAGCCCGCCAGUAAAAUCCACUAGCCCCAGGCUAUCAGACACGACUUUCUUUGCACGCUGGCACCCAAUUCAAGAAAGAGAUAGUAGAAUUUAUUGCCUUGCAGUUCUCAUCCUCCAAAAAACUUAAAAUUUGGUUGUGCAGGAAUGGCAAAGAAACGUACAAAAGAGUGUGAUGUACAUGCAGAGUUGUUGUUUUGCUAACUAAACCUAUUGCUUUUUGAUGUUGCUGUCGCUGUUGUAGUUUCGUAAGGUCCCUACUGUCGGUGAUAUGUCGGCAGUCUAUCAGUGAUCCACUGGCAAGGUAUUGGCCGACUAUCACCUGACUAUCAACCGAUAGACUGUAGUGGCCAAGGGCUGCCAACAUAUUGCUUGAGACUUGACCAGCUCUUGACUGACAUAGCGGCCGAUAUGUUGAUCGACAGUCAACCGAGAUAUUGGUCAAUACAUCAAUCGACACUGCCCAAAAGAUGCAUGAUCCUCUUCAAUUACCCACUGGCUAGCAUGUUCAUGGAAUGUUUACCAACCCAGUGGCUAGCAUGGUGGUGUCUCUACCAACCCACUGGCUAGCAUGUUCAUGGAAUGUCUACCAAUCCAGUGGUUAACAUGGUGGUGUCUCUACCAACCCAGGGCUAGCAUGUUCAUGGAGUGUCUAACAGGCAAGCUUGUUGGUAUGGUUGAUUGUCUACCAUCAUCGGUGAAGUGCUUAUGAACCCACUAGCUAGCAUGUUCAUAGAGUGCCUACCAACUCGUUCGCAUGUUGGCGGCCUUCACUGACUAGUAUGUUCCUUGGGUAUUUACUUACUCCCUCCUUUGGUAGUGUGCCCAUCCACCGAGUGACUAACGUGUUUGUGGAGUCUCUAGCAACCCACUGGCAAGCAUUUUGUUGGCGUAUCUACCAACCCUCUGGCUAUCACAAGCAAGUCAAUUACCACGGAUUAAUACAGAACAUUUUCAGAAUUGUUACUUUAAUAGAAUAAGGUUUAAUUACGACUUAGUAAUUUAAAAAUAUAGAUAUCCAAGGUUUUAUCAGGUUUUAUACCAUGAUAAUUGUAAAUAAUCUGUGCGAUUUUCAUGAUUUGUAGACUUCACUCUCUGUAAUUUUUUUUUUUUUUUUAACAGGCAAAAUAAAGACAUUUAUUUUAUUUAUUAUUAUCAUGUUCAUUGAGUGUCUGCCAACAGACUGGGAAGUAUGUUGGUAGAGUGUCUAGAAACAAAGGGGCUAGCCUGUUCAUCAGGUGUCUACCAUCCUAUGUGCAGGCAUGUUGGUGAAGUGUCUACGAACCCAGCUGGCUAGCAUGUUGGUUGAGUGUCUACUAACCCACUGGCUAGCAUGUUGGUGGUUUAUCUACCAACCCACUUUUAUAUUUUUCAAUGAACAAUUUUCAGUAUGCUAAUUUAGUAUGCCCCACUUGAUCAUCAUUUUCUUGGCUACAUUAGCUAAUUUUUCUUCCAUUUCUGCAUUAUGGACUGUUUGCCAUUAUCAGUAACAACUGUAAGCUAAGGAUCUACUUCAUUACCUCCAAACAAAAGGUUUACUUUAUCAAAUUUAUAUGACACUUCUUUUUACUUUGUUUGAAUGGGCACGUCCAUGUAGGGGUAAAAGAUGUACAGGCUGACCAUGCUGCAAGCCAUCUUGGAAAAGCAAUAGGAGUUGUAACGUUAUUGAGGGCCACGCCUUUCCAUGGCAGCAGAGGGAAAGUGUACAUUCCUAGCGAUGUAAUGAUUAAGGUAACAAUGUUGUGUAUCUAUUUACUACCUGCUUGGGCCAAUCAGUCUGACAAGCACCAGAUGACAGUUCAACACAAAAACUGGGUUUUGUAAUCUAAUUAAGUCAGAUCGCUGACAAGACAGAGGCUAUGCUAGUUAAAUACAUUCCACUUCUUGGUGCCAGUGGGUUUUAAAGUUGAAAUACAAAACUAGCUUCUUCAGUCUACACUUCGCAAUACUGAUAGCCUGUUCCAGGCUCCGAGAUAGUGGUGAAAAGUCGUUCAGUAAAAAGAAAUGUGAGAAACACGCGGGGGCUGGGGAGAGACAUUUUUCUCGCCGCCACCGCCCCCUUUCCCAAGUCGUGUGCCUCUUAUUUUCGCUUUGCUCGUUUUAAUACGUCUGCACUACACUAUCUGAGAGCCUGGCACCGGCUAAAUAAUGAAGGCUGUACAUUGAGUGUCUUGUUUGAAAGGGUGUAGAAUGUCUAGGCCACUAGGUACCUCCUGCACCAACCUCAAAGAUUACAGCCCACAACAGACUACCGACACAGCUGCAUUGAAACCAUUUACUCCUUUUUGUCUUAUCAAAAAGUGCAGGGUAACAAUGAAACAAGGUAAUACCAAUUGCCGUAAAAUUCCGAAAAUAAGCCCCUCCAUGUAUAAGCCCCUCCAAAUUUAAGCCUCCUAAACUAGUAACAUCAAAAACCUUCUGUGAAAUCGCCCCUCCGAAUAUAAGCCCCCCAGGGGCUUGUACUUGGAAAUUGCCCUCAAAUACAAAGUAAAGCAAAGAAAAAACAGUAAAUUUCCUUCCAACUAUAAGCUAGCCCAAUCGAUUUUUAAAUGCAAAUUUCCCUCCAUACAUAAGCCCCUCCAAAAUAAACCCCUCAAAAAGGGCCUUUGAAAAAUGUAAGCCCUGGGGCUUAUUUUCGGAAUUUUACGGUAUUUUAAAUUAUUAUAUAAUUUCAAAAAAGGAUUUUUACAAAUUAUUUUAAUAAUUUACUUAUAGCAUGGUGUUUCUCAAGAAGACAUCAUCAGAGGAAGAACAACUCAAGCAGUCAAAGAUGUCACUUAUGAUCUGGCCAGUUUAGCGCACUCUCAUCUUUCAACAGUAUGUACUUUGAUUUAUUAGUUGAACAGAAGAUAAGCCUUUUUUUUUUUAUUAUAAUGUUACGUUUAUUGACAAAUGAUAUUACAGAUUGGAUCAAAAUUACGUAGAGACGAGAAAGAAUAAUACAGCAGUUGCAAUAAUACGCACAAUAACGUUAGACCUGCUUAUUAACAGAUUAUUCCGGUAAGAUGGAUACUCACUAACUAGUUGAAGGAGGGGGUUUUUCAAAAUCAUAUCUCCAACUGAUUUUAGCCUUAAAUUCAUCCAAAGAUAAAUCUUUAGGAGCUAACUUAUUUAUGUACAAGUAAUAUUUAGCAAACAAAAGAGUAAAAUCGAGCUUUUUGACAAUUGCCGAAGAGCUUUGAUUCUUUCUGUCAUUAUUGAGACCAAAAAUUAAUUCACUUGAGGAUGGUGCAAAGGAGGUGGCAUUCUCGACGUUGAACCAUUUGAUUACUUCUGGAAAAAACCACUUGUUCCAGUGGCAGUUACAAAAAGUAUGAAUUAUUGUAUUGUACUGUAUGCGAAGAUAAGCCUCCUUUACAGGGGUCAAUUUCAUGACAAAUAUAUAAAAUUUCCAAACAUAAGGUCACUACCCGUGGUUCUCUCAUAAUAUUUUAUUGUCUGAAUCGUCAAAUGAUAAGAUGAUCAAGGAGAUCUAAACCAUUAUUCAGGAAGUUAGCCUGUAUUCUUUAGAAUCAGUUCUUCCAUGUAUAUUACAUCAGAUGUUAGUUUAAUCAUAUUGAUUGACAGAACAAAUUGAAAAUGAGUUGGGCGAUUAUGUUGAAACUAGACUUUAUGGUUUAUAAAUUUGUAAGCUGUACUAUUUAUUUUUUGGUUUACGUUUCGCAUCACAGGCAAAGUCAUUGAUGUCAAAGGCCCCAAAAGUGGCAACUAGAGUAUUUCUACCCAUGGUAAGAUGAUAUCAGUUUGGUUUGUUUCUGGUCAGAAUAGUUCAUGAUUUGGUGUAGAUUUGAGUGCAUGAGUAUGUUUAAGAUAAGUAUGUGUAAAUGAAUACAACAUACAUUGUAUUAACGAAACUGGUUAAUAAUUUUAUAUAUUCCACAAGUUAGUUUUUCACACCGCCAGAUAACUGUGUGGAUUCAGAAUUUAAAUAUUUAACAAUAAUUAAUGUUAACUGCACAAGUUUCUCUCAUGUGCUCUUAUUGGCAUUCAAGUGUGUCUUACCUUGCAUUUGAAUGUUGGUUUGCCCUGAAGGCUUACCUGGUGAUGGUAUUUAGCAUUGAGAUGGAGCAUCUGUUAAAUUUACUGGUAAAUUUAGCAAGGUUGUUAUAAUUAUAGUUAAAAGAAGCUGUGAUUACAGUCAAGUACAAAAAUUUUGUGGCGCAAAUUCACCUGAUUGAUGGGUACCAGACUUCAGAGUAGCAGGCCCAAGUUCAAUAAAUCAUAAGCUGGACCAGCACUUAGGGUCUUGAAAUAACUGAGAGGGUACUGCCUUUGUUUCACACCUCAAAUGGCUUGGCCUUCUGGUCUGCUAGGAUAAGUAUGACGUCGACAGGUCUUGUACGUCUUACUUUAUUCUUCUGUGGGUUGUAAUGGAACCAUCAGGGCAAAACAUCUCUCUGGCAGAGAUGACCCCUAACAUGCUUUUUUUAAUCAUUGAUGGGUAACCUGAGAAAAAGCUCUUGGUCCUCCUUCAGGAGCCUUAUUUGAUGCAUAUAAACAGUUCAUGAGUACAAGUAUGAGUUGACUCCCCAUACUUAAAAACUGGUGUAGAGGGGAUACAAUUUCUCAGAUGCCGUUGAGUCCACUGUUUGCCUUAAUGAGUUAAAGUUCUAGGCCAAAGUGUCUUACCAGCUACAUCACUGAAGUCUCUCUUUGCUGAUUUCUAGGUUUCCUGCCAGGCAUAUCUGACCAAGAUCCAACAAGCAGACUUUAACAUGUUUCAUUCCACUUUAAGGGAGAGAAACCAUUUGUUACCUUUGCAAUUGCUAAAGCAUGCAUGGACAGGUCUUUGA